UUCUCCCCACAUAUCUCCUCUGAGUCUCUCCCUAUCAAAAUCAAACUAUCCAUCCGCCAUCUUUCCCCUGAUCGCCUAUCGAUUUUCCGUUCUUCAAUCGCAGAUCUCCCCUCUCAUCUUGAUAUACCGUUCGUCAGUCACAGAUCGCCUCUCUCGUCUUCAUAUUACGCUCAGCAACCACAGAUCGCCUUCCCAUUCUUAAUAUUUCCCCCCGACAAUCAGAGAGAUUUGUUUGUUUGCCGUUGUUUCUGAUCUAUUGUUCGUAAAAAGAGUUUUUGUUGCAAUCUUUCUGCCCAAUGGCUUCAUUGGAUAUGACACUUGAUGAUAUGAUAAAGAGCAGACGUAAAAAUGAGAGAGGUAGGGGCCGAGGCAAGCCCCAACGUGGUAGAAGGGCAGGUGGAUCUUUUAGAGGUGGAAGACCUGCGGGGGCUCCCCGUGGUGGAGGGCCUCUUGGGGUGAAUUCCAGGCCGUCCGCUCACACCAUUGCCAAGUCUUUCCGCAGAGUGAAGAAUCUGCCGUGGCAGAAUGGUUUAUUUGAAGACAGCCUUAGAGCUGCUGGGUUAUCAUCUGGGUUAGAAACUGGGACCAAGUUAUAUGUUUCUAACUUGGACAGUGGAGUGACCAAUGAAGAUAUAAGGGAACUCUUCUCUGAGAUCGGAGAAUUGAUUAGAUAUGCAAUUCACUUUGACAAGAAUGGCUGCCAAAGUGGUUCAGCUGAGGUUGUUUUUGCUAGGAGGAGUGAUGCUUUUCAAGCACUAAAGAAAUAUAACAACGUGCAGUUGGAUGGCAAGCCCAUGAAUAUUGAAAUAGUUGGCACAAACCCACAAGUCCCUGUGUUAGCUCGUGUGAAUGUUGGAAGGGCCAAUGGGAAACGGACAGUUGUCAUGAAUGGGGCACAGGGAUUGGCUCGGCCCAGAAAUGGUGGUGCUCCUCCCUCUAAUUGGGGUUCUGGCCGAAGAGGUCAGAGCGGCUGUGGUGGUCGAGGCCGUGGCGGCGGUCGGGGACGUGGUGGAUUUUCCGGCAGGAAGAAGGGCGUUGACAAGUUGGCAGAUCAACUUGACAAGGAGUUAGACAGUUACCAUGCCGAAGCCAUGCAGACGGAGUAAUCUGACACCCACACUCCAAAGGCCAAGAAGAGUCAAUCCUCCAUGACCAGCAAAUUUCUUAUUCCGAUCCUGUGUUUCAACUAGUAGUGCAUUCAAUAUGGGGGGUAUUAUUAGUUUGACGAAACGAUGUAGCGUGAAUGCUUUCUUUCAAGCUUUCUCUUCGAAUCUUUUGCCUAUCAAAUCUUCUUUAAUUGAAUGGUUCGAUGUAUAUUACUAGUCUUGAUGCCAACUUGUAGUAUCAGAAAUCUGAGGUUUAUUAUAUUGUUGAGAUUCGGUAGGAGCAUCAUAUGGCUUAGAUUGGUUUUG